GAAAGCGCUUGGUGAAACUAACCGAUCGAGGAUGAGUGAAGAUAAGACCAGUGACGUGAUUCUCAUCGUCCACUCUGUGACGGAAUGGCAGACCCUCUUCUUGAAGGUUAUCCAACAAGGCAACAAUUGGUGUGCGUCCCCCAAGUUUUGCCGUUUUGAUGUCUCGCUUGGCAUUAUAUACCUCGCGGCGUAGGAAGUCUGGGUUGCCAUCUUUUUCACAUUCACACUCAAACGCACAGUCGGACUCCGACUGCGACUGCCACAGGCACGGGAAUGAAGUCCGUUUAUGCAUCUAACGUUGGGGGCCAUUUCCCCAGACAAGUAGCCGCAGUUGCCUUCCCCGCCGCACCCGCAGUUUAGCGUCGCGAUCGGUCAAUCCACCUCGUCCGUCCUCGCAUUAGGCUGUGCUAUAAAGGUGGACUGGUCCACGUCUUUUGUAGUUGUCCCUCCUCGAUUUGAAGCUGCAUGCAAACGAAGAUGUCAGACUUCGACAAAAACCAAGUCAUUCACCUCGAAAGCCUCGAUCCCGAGAAAGGCACAUACGCCGCCCCACCCGACUCUCCCUCUCUCAAACAUGGCCACCUCGACCUUCCCGUUGAUCCAGCCCUAGCCGACCCCGCCGCAGACCGGGCUCUCCUCCGCAAAAUCGACUGGUGUCUAAUCCCCUACCUGUCCUUCCUCUACCUCCUCUCGUUUCUCGAUCGCGCGAACAUCGGUAACGCGAAAAUCGACGGCUUGGACAAAGAUCUGCACAUGAUCGACCAACAAUACCUCUGCACCCUCACCGCAUUCUUCUUCCCUUACGCCCUCUUCGAAGUACCUUCCAAUAUCCUCCUGAAGCGCUUGCGACCGAGACAAGUCGUCCGCGACGCAGCCGCAUGCGCCCUCGAAGCCUUGUGCUCCAACUUCCGCCCCGAAGAGCUCGGCGUAGCGGUUUGGCCCGCAAUCCGAGACUACUUCAACACCGACCCCAAAUGGCAAUCCAAAAUCGCCGCGCUGGGGGUUUUGGCCAAGUUCCCCAAGAUCAGCAAGGAGCAGGUUACGGAGCAUUUGGUCGAGUUGAUCCCCGCUGUGCAAUUGUGUAUGCACGAUACGAAGGCUGAGGCGUCUGAGACUGCGAUUACUUGUAUGCGGGGGUUGUUGGCUACGGCGGAGAACUUGGAUAUUAAGCCUCAUUUGCCAUUGAUUGUGGAGUGUAUGGCGAAUCCUACCCAGGUCCCCGCCUGUAUCAAGGCUUUGUCCGCACAGGCUUUCGUUGCGGAGGUCAAUGCCCAUGUCCUCGCUAUCCUCGUUCCCAUCUUGGUUCGUGCGCUUAAUGAACGGAGUCAGGAGGUUUUGCGUCAGACCGUCAUCCCGGAGUUGAUUCCCCUUGUGCAGGAGCGUGUUGUCAAGGUUGCUUCUAUGCCCCAGGUCUGUGCGCUCGCUACUAAGGCUUACAACACCAUGGUUGCUGCCGGUGCCGAGGCCAAGGCCGCCGAUGUCUCGCAUGAGACUACUCCCCAGCAUAUCCAUACCGUCCUCGAGGGCUUCACCCUCUGUCUCAUCUUGGAGCAGAUGGUCAACAAUGACCGUUUGUCUACUUUGACUUGGACUGGGGUCUACGUCGUCCCAUACAUGGCUCCGGUCUUGGGCACGCCCAAAAUGUCGAUCGAGCUGGGUUGGGAUAUGGUUAACCACUACCUUGAAGAAUACAAAAAGGCUCAUCCGAACGAGUUCGACGACGAUGAGACUGGUGAGAAGAUCGUUGAUGUUGGUUUCUCCCUCGCGUAUGGUGGGAUGAUGUUGCUUAACCACACCCAUCUUCGUCUCUACCGUGGUAGGAGGUAUGGUAUCGUUGCGCACAACGGUGCGGGUAAGAGUACGCUCAUGCGUGCGAUCGCCACGGGCAAGUUGGAGGGGUUCCCGAGUCCUGGGAAAGUUAGGACGUGUUUCGUUGAGCAUAAUUUGCAGGGGUCUGAGUCUACUUCUCCCAUCCUCGACUUCGUCGCCGAGGAUAAGGAAUUGGUUAAGCUCGGUAUAACCAAGGAGCGAACCGCCGCUGCUCUCCUCGAGGCCGGGUUCACGCCUGAGCGCCAAGCUGCGCCUGUUAGCAGUUUGUCUGGUGGAUGGAGGAUGAAGUUGUCUCUUGCUCGGGCGAUGUUGAUGAACGUCGAUGUGUUGUUGUUGGACGAACCCACUAACCACUUGGACAUCACCAACAUCGCAUGGCUCGAGUCCUACCUUACCUCUCAAGAGCACAUGACAUCCAUGAUCGUCUCCCACGACUCCAAGUUCUUGGAUAACGUCUGUAAGGACAUCGUCCAUUACGAGCGCAAGAAGUUGGCUUAUUACAUGGGUAACCUUUCGACUUUCGUUGAUCUCCGUCCCGAGACGAAGAAUUGUCAUAAGUUGGAUGCUAGUAACGUUAAGUUCAAGUUUCCUCCGCCUGGGAUUUUGAGUGGGAUUAAGUCGAACACGAAGGCGAUUAUGAGGAUGACGCGUUGUCACUUUACCUACCCCGGAGCCGCGAAGAAGUCUUUAGAUGAUGUCUCUGCUACUAUCACUCUCUCUUCCCGUGUCGCUGUCAUCGGUGCCAACGGAGCUGGUAAGUCUACGCUUAUCAAGGUUUUGACCGGUGACGUUAUUCCUCAGGAGGGUACCGUUGACAAGCAUCCCAACCUGCGUGUCGGAUACGUCGCUCAGCACGCUUUCCACCACGUUGAGCAGCAUAUGGAUCUCACUCCCAACCAGUACAUCCAGUGGCGUUACGCUGGAGGUGAGGACCGUGAAGUCUUGGAAAAGGCUUCUCGUAUUUUGACCGACGAGGAGAAGGCGCAGUUGGAUACCCCGUUCGUUGUCCAGACUCCUAAUGGUGAGGACAGGCGUAUGGUUGAGAUGAUCAUCGGUCGUCAGAAGUUGAAGAAGACGUUCCAGUAUGAGGUUAAGUGGCAGAAUAUGGGACACAAGUUCAAUUUGUUUGAGGGUCUUGGAUACCGUGAGUUGUCGCCUGUGGUUAUUAGGAAGCACUUUGAGGAGAUUGGGUUGGAUGGUGAUAUCGCCGACCAUAACGCUAUUCGUGGUCUUUCGGGUGGUCAGAAGGCCAAGGUCGUUAUUGCUGCCGCUAUGUGGAAUAACCCCCACUUGUUGGUUCUCGACGAGCCUACAAACUACUCGGACCGUGACUCCCUUGGUGGUCUCGCCGUCGCUAUCCGUGACUGGGCUGGUGGCGUUGUCAUCAUUUCCCACUCUUCCGAGUUCGUCGGCGCGUUGUGUCUCCAGCUGUGGAUUAUCAAGAACGGAAAGGUCAUUUCCCGUACCAAGGAUGGUAUCGACGAGUCCAAGUUCUUGGAGAAGACCGAUGGAAAGGCUGCGGAAUCAAAGACUGGUGCCGUUGGUAAGGCGAAGAAGAGGAAGAAGAUGACUAGAAAUGAGAAGAAGGCUCAGGAGGAGCGUAGAAGGUUGAGACACUUGGCUUGGUUGUCGUCUGCGCCAGGUACGCCUAAGCCUGAGGACACUGAUAAUGAGUAGAUGGACGGAGACAGUGUGAAUGUGUUAUAUGGAGUUACAGCUUGGUUCUGCUUUUUACAGGUUUGUUUUACCAGGUAAACCAGAUGGACCACAUGGACACUUCCCGCAUUCUCUUCCUUCAGGGAUUGAUCCAUGAGGAACGUACACCGGGCCUGGAGUCCCCAAAUGGGGAAGGCUGCGCCAAGAACCUGUGUUGGGAAUUGCGCCAUACGACCUUGGACUUCGGGUGGACCAGCCGUACGGGUGCGAACUGCCGAACCGAAACCGCGGAAGGGGUGGAAGAUCAGGUUAUUUAAACUUCGCCCCAACGUACCGCUAG